AUGUCCAUGCUGUCUGUCGAAGACCAGGGCGAACACGUAGAGCAACCACGCCCUACUGCAACCCACACGCUUAAAGAUCUCGUUGUUCGAAUCGAAGAGCCACAAGAGCUGUCCAUGAGGAUUGGCGUCGUCCACGGUCGAAGGGAGACGAUGCGGAUGAAACUUUGGUGCUCAUGGCGAUGGCACGGGAGUUGCCACCUCGCAGGCUGUGAGCUCAUCCAGACCGAAGCACCCAGACAACUGCACGAGAUCGCACAGCUCUUCAUUUCGCGUGUCAACAAUGGGGUGUUAUUUCUCGUUCAGAGCAAGAUAGGGAUGCCCCUCAGUGAAAAGGCGUUUGGCGAGAGCGGCAUUGCCACAAACUGA